AUGCUGCUUGCCCCUGAGGGAGACCCGGAUGCACCAGACAUCCCGACCCCGCGCUCUUACGCAGAGGCGAUAGAGGGUCCCUACUCUUCUCAGUGGCAGAAAGCCAUGGACGUAGAGAUGGCUUCCUGGAAGUCCACAGGCACCUACGUCGACGAGGUUCCCCCACCUGGGGCGAACAUCGUCAUUGGCAUGUGGAUCUUCAGGAUGAAGCGGCCGCCGGGUUCUCCACCUGUCUUCAAGGCGCGUUACGUGGCUCGAGGCUUCAGUCAGCGACAGGGAGUUGACUACUUCCAAACCUUCUCUCCCACCCCGAAGAUGACCACUCUUUGGGUGCUGCUGCACAUAGCCGCUCAACGCGACUACGAGCUUCACUCUCUUGACUUCAGCACUGCUUUCCUACAGGGCAGCCUGCACGAGGAGAUUUGGCUGCGCCGCCCACCUGUCUUCACUGGGUCGUUUCCUCCUGGUACCCAGUGGAGCCUCCGGCGGCCAGUCUACGGUCUCUGCCAGGCGCCCCGUGAGUGGCACGACACACUGAGGACUACGCUUGCGGCCCUUGGGUUUGCUCCUUCUACUGCUGCCCCAUCGCUGUUUCUACGCACCGACACCUCUUUGCCGUCGUUCUACAUCGUCAUGUACGUCGACGACUUGGUCUUUGCUACUGCUGACACUGCUGGACUCGCCCACGUGAAGUCCGAGCUGCAGAAGAGACACACGUGCACAGACCUGGGUGAACUGCGCAGCUAUCACCCGGGACAGAGCACGGCCACUCCUCUGUCUACUCACCACUCGCUCUCAGCUCUGCCUUCGGAUGAGUCCGUAGAGCCGAGUGGCCCAUACCCAGAGCUUGUUGGCUGCCUCAUGUACCUGAUGACCUGCACUCGACCUGACCCGGCAUACCCUCUUAGCAUCUUGGCACGCUAUGUUGCUCCUGGGAGACACCGACCAGAGCACAUGGCUGCAGUGAAGAGGGUGUUGCGAUACUUGUGCAGUACGUCGGGCAUGGGGCUCGUGCUUGGAGGGUGGAGUCCAGUGGUCCUCACUGGUCACGCAGAGGCUUCUUGGGUUGACGACUUGGCUACGCAGCGGUCGUCAUAG